GAGAGUUCUCUUCUCUUGCAGAUAAGUCUUCCGGUUCUCCUCGGCUGGUCAGUCCAAAGAAAGUUUACCAGAUCCACUAAUCGCCAGCCUGAGACCUGCUGUAUCCAGUCCGACCCACAGUGUCCAUGUCUGGCUUUGACCUGGUGCCGAUGGACGGCAAAGAUCCGGUCCACCUGCCGCCGGGGGAGACGGUGUUAGGCCGGGGUCCUUUACUGGACAUCAGCGAUACAAGAGUUUCCAGAAACCACGGGCUGCUGGAGAACCUGAAUGGACGGCUGAGAAUCAAACCGACCCACAUGAACCCGUGUUUCAUCCAGUCAUCCCUGAGCGAUGACCCCCGACCUCUGGAGAAGGGCUCCUGGUUCUGGCUUCAUCACGGGGACCUGUUCUCGCUGCUGCCGGGUCGGUUCAUUUACAGAGUGGAGGCUGUGGGUGAAGACGAACGCACUCCCAGAAACAGUCAGAACUUUGAAGAAGACGAUGGACUUCCUCUUCCUGUUGAGACAGAUGUUGGACAUCCUCCAGCUGUUGGACAGGAGCGGAGACAGACUUCACCUUCAUCAGCAGAUCCAAAAGAGGACGAGGCUGGCAGACACAGCUACACAGAUGAUGAUCCAACCCGACUAGUGGGCAGAGUUCUCAGCGCCACUGUUACGUCUGCACCCAGGAGGAGAAUUUUACCUGCCUGGAUGACAACAGCAGGUCCUAAGAGUCUGGCCUCCCAUCCAAAAGUUCAGUCAACUGUGAAGAGAAGUAAACAAUCUGCUGACUCAUCAGCAACUCAGGUCACGCCCAUUCCCACCUCCUUACCGGGGGAGGCGGAGCUUAGUGAGGAAGAGGAGGACAGGCCAAGAAAGAAGAGAAGGAAGAGUAACCAUGAAGAAGAAGAACAGAAAAGAGAAACAGACGUUCCUCCAGCAGAACCCACAGGUGAGCCUCAGAGUGAAGCCAACAGGUCAGAGGUCAGCAGGGACGAAGAUGCUUCGUCUCAAACGUCUGAGCCCGAGGACAAGAAGAGGUCUGAACGGGUCAGAACCCCGUGUCCAUAUGGCAAGGACUGCUACAGGAAGAACCCGCUGCACUUCCAGGAGUGCAGUCACCCUGGGGACACUGAUUACCAGGACCAAGACCAGGACCAGGACCAACCAGAGUGUCCAUACGGAACCGACUGCUACAGGACAAACCCACUUCACAGGAAACAAUUCAAACACACAAAGAAACCCGCUCGUUCAACUCGACCCAAACACCAAAACCCUGAUGAAGAUGAAGAUGAGUCCGGAGAUGAGGACAGCUUCAUUAAUGACGACAGCGAAGACGUUGGCGAGGACUCUGACUACGUCCCUCCCGACUCAGAGGACAGUGAACAGGAAGACAUCCAAAGACUGCAGAAGGAGGCCUCGGCCUUCCUGAAGAAGAGGAAGUAGAAAAGGAAGAUCCGAUGCUGUGAUGUUCAUUUUAUAUGUUCUAAAUGUAAAAACAUUAAAGAUGGUUGUAAUCAGGGCUUAAUUUGUAAACCGAUCGAUGCUGGAACGCAAAUAGCAGG